AUGAAGGAGAAGUCCAAGAACGCGGCCCGGACCCGGCGGGAGAAGGAGAACAGCGAGUUCUACGAGCUGGCCAAGCUGCUGCCGCUGCCGGCCGCCAUCACCUCCCAGCUGGACAAGGCCUCCAUCAUCCGGCUGACCAGCAGCUACCUGCGGAUGAGAGCCGUGUUCCCCGAAGGUCUGGGGGAGUCGUGGGGUCACGUGAGCCGCAGCAGCUCGGUGGACGGAGUCGCUCAGGAACUGGGCUCCCACUUCCUCCAGACGUUGGACGGCUUCAUUUUUGUGGUUGCUCCCGAUGGGAAGAUCAUGUACAUAUCAGAAACGGCAUCCGUGCACUUGGGCCUGUCACAGGUAGAGCUGACGGGAAACAGCAUUUACGAAUACAUCCAUCCAGCCGACCACGAGGAGAUGACGGCCGUCCUCACGGCACACCAGCCCUGCCACUCACACUUCCUGCAAGAAUAUGAGAUGGAGCGCUCCUUCUUCCUGAGGAUGAAAUGUGUCCUGGCUAAAAGAAACUCCGGUCUCACCUGUGGAGGCUACAAGGUGAUCCACUGCAGCGGCUACCUGAAGAUCCGCCAGUACAGUCUGGACAUGUCUCCGUUCGACGGCUGCUACCAGAACAUUGGACUAGUGGCCGUUGGCCACUCGCUGCCGCCCAGCGCCGUCACAGAGAUCAAGCUGCACAGCAACAUGUUCAUGUUCAGAGCCAGCCUGGACAUGAAGCUCAUCUUCCUCGACUCACGGGUUGCAGAGCUGACGGGCUACGAACCUCAGGACCUCAUAGAGAAGACUCUCUACCAUCACGUCCACGGCUGUGACUCCUUCCACCUGCGCUGUGCUCAUCACUUACUGCUGGUGAAAGGUCAAGUCACCACCAAGUACUACCGUUUCCUGGCCAAGCAGGGCGGUUGGGUCUGGGUUCAGAGCUACGCUACAAUCGUCCACAACAGCCGCUCGUCCCGUCCUCACUGCAUCGUCAGCGUCAACUACGUUCUCACGGAGACUGAAUAUAGAGGCCGUCAGCUUUCCCUGGACCAGGUCACAUCCAAGACCUCUUUCCCCUACAACAACAACAACACUGCCAGCAACCUCAUGGAAAACUGCAAAAACCCCAAGAGCAGAGUGUGCCGAACCAAGACCAAAGCCAGACUGUCACCGUACACACAGUGUCCCAGCGUCCACGCAGAGCGAUCCGAGUCUGACCAGGACAGUCCCUGGGGCAGUAGCCCCUUGCCCGACUCCACCCCACCUCACCCGGAGCACGACGGCCUGGACUCGUCACACUGCUGCAGGCAGUUCUCUGAUCCUCGCGCUCUCUGUUACAGCCUGUCGGAAGAGCAGCAUUACAGCACCAGUGACGUCCACUCGCACCUCCACGCACACGCUCAGGGACAGAGCUGUGAACGGAGUCCAUGUGAAGCGGGGAAAUAUUUUCUUGGUGCACCUCCACCCAGCAGGGACACGUGGUGGAGUGCUGCCCGCUCCUUUGUGCCGCUGAGCAAAAGCUCCUUGGAGAGCCGUGACCGUUGUGACGGUAGCAUGACACGCAUCGCCGCCAUCCACAGCUACCACGGCCGAGGCCACUGGGACGAGGACAGCACGAUCAGUUCUCCAGAUGGAGGCUCUGCCAGCGACUCGGGGGACCGGUACCGAGCCGACCACCACCCCUGCAGCCCAGAGCCGUCCAGCAGAAUCAACACUCUGAUCCGAGCUACGCAGCAGAUGAUCAAGGAAGAGGAAAGUCGUUUCCAGCUGCGAAAGUGCCCAGGAGGCCCCGCCCUGGGCCUGGGCGGUGGCCGUCCUCAGGGCCCCGCCCCAUGCUUCACUACUGACUACGGCCAAGGGCCCCUGCCACUACAGACGGUGGUGUGUCGAGGUUUCAGUCAGGUGAUCAGUCCCGCGCCGAGCCCCGCUCCCCUGUCCAGGCUCAGCAGUCCCGGUCCGGAGCUUCUCCACAAGUCCAAAGACUACACACUCCACACCGAACUGUCCCCACUUUCUCUGCAGUUCCACCGUCCGUUUGGUCGGCCAGGUGCCUGCUCAGCUUCCCCUUCUCCGGCUCCGGCUCUCUACCCGUCCAACGGCCACCCCAGGACGUACUUGGACAAGCAUACGUACUCCCUGACGGGCUACACCCUGGAGCACCUCUAUGACCCGGAGAGCCUCCGGGCCUACAGCGCCGGCCCCGGCCACUACGAGCAGUUUCACGUCCCACCAGAACACACCCCUGGACACAAAGGGACCUCCGUCAUUAUCACCAACAGUAGCUAACACUCAGACUUAGGGCCAGUCCCAAUCCCCCCCGUAGUCCUACUUUUCAGCCCUACC